AUGAGGUACAUUGCGGCCUUCACAGGCCUAUUGGCCGUUUCUGGCGCCGGUGCCAUGUCUACUUCAAUCAAUUCUCACAUCCAAGGCGAAGUCGUCGAACGCCUCAACGGUGUGCCAGAAGGUUGGAGCGAGGUUGGAGCUCCAUCUCCAGAUCACAAGCUGUUCUUUCGCAUUGCAGUACCCUCAAAAAACCGUGAUCUCUUCGAAAGAACGCUCAUGGAAGUGUCUUCACCAAGCAGCCCGAAUUAUGGCAAGCACUUGAAGCGAGACGAGCUCAAGGAUCUCAUCAAGCCUCGAGCAGAGUCUGUAGCCACCGUUAUCAACUGGUUAGAGCAAUCUGGUGUCGAAGCAAGAGACAUCCAGAACAAGGGCGAAUGGAUUAACUUCUAUGCACCUGUCAAGCGCGCUGAAGCGAUGAUGGGCACUACAUUCAAAACCUAUCAGAGUGAGGCUCGUUCAAACGUCAAGAAGAUCCGAUCCCUGGGUUAUUCUGUUCCAGGACAUGUGCGGCCCUCUAUCGACAUGAUCCAGCCAACAACGCGCUUUGGCCAGAUCCGGGCGGAAGGAAGCAUGAUCUUGAGCCAGGAGGAGACCCCCUUCUCCGUGCUUGCUGUCAAUGCUACAUGCAACAACAAAAUCACCCCAACUUGUUUGGCAGACCUAUACAACUUCAAGGACUACAACGCAAGCACUGCAGACACCAAGCUCGGAGUGACUGGAUACCUAGAGCAGUAUGCUCGCUUUGGUGACCUCGAGAAGUUCCUCAGUGCAUUCGCGCCUAACAAAGCUGGUACUUCUUUCGACGUUGAAGCCAUCAACAUUGGGCUAAUAUCUCCCAAGAUCAAAACCACGUUCUACACAAGCCCGGGACGAGGCGAGUUAGUACCAGAUCUUGAUGCGCCAGACCAAAGCGACAUUCAAAAUGAGCCGUACCUGGAUCUCUUCACCUAUCUUAUGGAGCUUGAUGACGGUGAGCUUCCCCAAGUGUUGUCGACAUCGUAUGGAGAGAACGAGCAAAGCGUACCUGCGGCGUACGCCAAGAAGGUCUGCGACAUGAUCGGUCAGCUAGGUGCUCGUGGUGUAUCCGUCAUCUUUUCCAGCGGUGACUCAGGUACCGGCUCUGCCUGCCAAACCAACGAUGGGAAGAACACGACGCGAUUCUCCCCGAUUUUCCCAGCUGCAUGCCCAUAUGUUACAUCUGUGGGUGGUACCGCCGGUGUUGCGCCCGAAAGGGCUGUUGAUUUCUCGUCUGGUGGCUUUUCCGACCUUUGGCCUCGUCCAGCCUACCAGGAAAAGGCUGUAGGCGACUACCUCAAGAUUCUAGGAAACCGUUGGGAAGGUCUUUACAACCCCAAUGGACGUGGUUUUCCUGAUGUCGCAGCUCAAGGCCAGGGCUUCCAGGUCGUCGAUUCGGGCCGUGUGAGUUCGGUUGCAGGAACCAGCGCAUCAGCACCUGUUUUUGCGGCCGUGGUUGCAAUGCUGAACAACGCUCGGAUGGGGGCUGGUAUGCCUACAUUGGGCUUCUUGAACCCAUGGAUCUAUGAGCAAGGCUUCAAGGGCAUGAACGAUGUUGUUGAUGGUGGCUCGAGGGGAUGCACUGGUCGGAGCAUCUACUCUGGCCAGAAGACGCCCGCUGUACCUUUUGCCUCGUGGAAUGCCACAAAGGGGUGGGACCCGGUAACAGGAUACGGAACACCUGACUUUGAGCAGUUGCGCCGCCUUUCGACAAUGCCGCAGUACGCUUAA